UCCUAUGAUCGUAAGUCUGGAUUGUACCUCCAAAAGGGCAUUUGAAUCUGAUUUGGAGCCUGUUACUUUUGAUUAGGAUCUUCAUGGCUUUGUUGCAUGAUUUUUUCUGCUUAGUACUGGCUAUGGAAGAAAAAAUAUUGCAGACCCAAUAGGAUAAAACCCUGGGCCUGUCCAGGGACCAUUCCAGCAGGCUUGGCCUUUUGCCAUCCCAUCAGCAUUGGCCUCAGCUUCAUGAAGAAGAUGGAAACAAUAUCAGGCUGGAAGAGCAAGGAUGCCUUAGUGUGGCUCCAGAGCUGCAGCUUGGCUAAGGGUCAGCUUCGCUCCUGCCUCUGGCACAGGGAGCAAUGCCAGUAGGUUAAGGGAGGAAAUCCUUCCUCGCUGCUGCAUGGCAACACUGGGAUCUCACUCUGAGAUGCCUGCCAGAGCCAGCACCCUUCUGCCUGGGGACCCAGACCCACACCCCCAUCAGGCAGUGACCAUGAUGUCACAGGGGAUGGCAGAGAGCGGCCAUUGUGAACCAUAGGGCUGGGAGCAAAGCAAAGGCUGCCAGGCUCAGGCUGAGCGUCAGUGCGGCCUGUUGAGGUGUGGAGAGGGCAGGAACUCUCCUAGUGCUUGCCAUUGUUAUGCACUAUGUCCAGUGGAAAGCGGAAGGCCCCCAACUCAGGGGAGACAGCGUGUGUGCUGUGUGGCCGGGCAGAUGUUGACCCAGACAUCUGCGGGCGUAUGUUUGCCAAGAGUGGGAUUCGUGUCCAUGAGUUCUGCUUGAUUUUUGCAACUGGCAUUUAUGAUGAAAGAACCCCAUGGGAGGGAAUUAGUCGGCUCCCUCUUCAUGCUAUCAGAUGCACAGCCGAGUAUGCAAAUCAGAAGCAAUGCUUUGUUUGUGGGGAGAGGAGGGCCACUAUCAGCUGUGCAGAGUUAGGCUGUUUGCGAAGCUUCCAUCUACCCUGUGCCAUGGAUGGGGAAUGUGUCACCCAGUUCUUUGGGCAGCACAGGUCCUUUUGCGGGGAGCACCGCCCUCGACAGGCAUCAGAGGGAGCUCCAGCACAGGGCAUCUACUGCAUCAUCUGCCUGGAGCCUGUGGGAGACAGCAUAUCCUACCAUACUAUGCUGUGCCCAGUGUGCAAGCAAGCCCGGUUCCACCGUGGCUGCAUCCAGAGAUACGCCAUGAGUACUGGCAUAAUGCACUUUAAGUGCCCCAUCUGUGCUGAAAAGACACGAUUUCAUUUGGAAAUGAACACCAUGGGGCUCCAAAUCCCAGUCAGACCACUAUCAUGGGAAAACAACGCAUCUGCAUUGCUGCAAGAGAGGCACAGGCACUGUGAUGCCAGUGAGUGCUAUUACCCAGGUGGCAGGGAGCAGGCAGAAGAAGAGGGGCCCUGGAAGCUGCUCCUCUGCAGUUCCUGUGCUGCUCAAGGCACUCACCGACACUGCUCCUUCUUGACCAGCAACAUAGACAUCUGGGAGUGCGAGAGCUGUGCUGGUGUGGGCACUGCCUCCAGAAGUUCCCUUGAAGCUGCACACAGACGGCAUCCCAGACCGGGUGGAAGGGGCCAACCACAAAACCACUUCCCAAUCCAAGAGAGUACCUCAGGUUCCCAGAGCAGACCCCGAAGGUGCUGUGACAGCAGCUCUACACCAGCCCCACGUGCUCAGGGCAUCACCCGUAGCUCAGCCAGAGCAGCAACUUCAAGGACCUCAGGUGGUUCCCCACAUAGACGACAGUCCAGGCAGCAAAGGCGGGUUCAGACACGAAGCCGCUCCCCAAUAAAAGAUCAGAUCUCAUAUUCCCGAAGCCGGACAAGAAGACGUGGUGGCAGUGGCUGUACAUCAGCCCGAGGUGUUCAGAGCAGCACUUACUGCUCAACCAGAUCAGUAACAUCAAGAUCUUCAAGGGGUUCCCCAUUGCCUGAGUACAGGAGGCGGUCCAGGCAGCGAGGGCAGUCCCGCACAAGAAGCCAUUCCCCAGUGGGACAUUGGGCUUCCAAUUCCCAAAGCCGGUCCCGAAGAGGCCACAGGAGAAGUUCCAGGCAACAGGGACCAGCAAGGGCACGAAGCCGCUCCCGGCUCCAACAUCGGAGCCAACAUCCCCACAGCCGGUCCCAAAGACAGUAGUGCAGGAGCAGCUGUGUGCAAGUCCCACCUGCUGGCUCUGGUCACAAGUGUCCAAGACAAUAAAGCUGGGA